AUGAAACUUGCUCUGUCUUCACUCCUCCUGUGCCCGUGGUUUUUCUACGCUGCCACUUCGAUUGACCUCGACACGGCUGACCAGUACAGAUGUUCCUUUGACGAUGACGUCUGUGACUGGAUAAUAGACGGUCCGAUCUCCCACGGGACAGGGGGAUGUGAUCACGGAUGGCCGACUAAUGCAUUCAAUGGAACUAAUGACCCUGGCCAGUACAUAUGUUUUUACUUGGAAAACCUACCAAUGAUUGGCACCAACCAAGCUAGAUUCAUCAGUCCAACCAUUAACACAACUCGUCACGUGGUCCUGAGCUUUGCUAUCGGCACUGUCAGGCCGCCUAACGCAAACUACAUGAACAUCAUCAUGGCGGACGAACAUGGUGGAGAAUCGCUGGUGUGUUCGACCUCUGACCUCCUGUUACCAUGGCAACGUGUACGAGUAGGGUUGUGGCAGCCUGGGCCUUACAAAGUCAUCAUUGAGGGGAUUCCAAAUCCUCCCUUCUACCCAAACUUUGGUAUUGACGACUUGACGCUUACCGCUGCUGACCCUGGUACUACGACCGUGGGCGCACCUACAGCCGAAUGUUCCCUGCAGAUGACGACUCCUGCCCUGACGACCGCUCCGAAACCCGAACAGGGAGGGAAUGACGGUCCGACAAACAUCGUUCUCGUUCCCAUCGUGCUGGGAUCAGCGGGAGGCCUGCUGGUCCUGGCGGUCGCCGCGGUCUGUCUGUGGAGAAAAUACGGCAGAAAAGUCUCACCAGAAAAACAUCCCCAUGUUCGUAGUCAGGUGCUCCAAUGAACCUUGAGUAGAAAAGGUUUUGUGUGUUUGUUUGUUCGUUUUGCACAAUCAGGAAGUCACAUUUAGGUGUCACACACGUGGUUUUACAGUAUAAGCUGCAUAAAACCGGACUGUCAGUUUUGAACCACUCAUCAUGAUCACACCGGGAAGCACCCCAACUACAUGUAUUUCGAUACAU